AUGAAAAACCUCUUGUCCAAGAAGAAAAAGCUCGCUGAUAUUGAAACUAUUGCACUAACAGAAAGUUGUAGUGAUAUUUUGACGAACAAGUUGCCCCCUAAAUUGAAAGAUCUUGAGAGCUUUACCAUUCCAUGUUCAAUUGGCAAUCAGUAUUUGGGUAAGGCUUUAUGCAACUUGGGAACUAGCAUUAACCUAAUGCCACUAUCUACUUUUAGGAAGUUGGGAAUUGGUCACGUGAAAUCUACUAUGGUGACAUUACAACUCACUGAUCGAUCCUUGGCUCAACCUGGACGGCAAAUAAAAGACGUCUUAGUUCGUAUGGAUAAAUUCAUUUUUCUGGCUGAUUUUAUCAUACUUGACUAUGUGACAGACAAGGAGCAAGUCACCUUCAGUGUUUUUGAAUCUGUUCCAUGCAAUAACAAAGAAGAAUGCCAUACUAUUGAUGUGCUAGAUGAUCUAAUUGAGGAAGAAUUCAAUGGCUAA